GUGACCACAGAUGAGCGCGCAGGACCUUCUUGGAACAAUCUUUUCUUCUCCAAGUCUACAAGCUCGUGGAGGAGCGAGGGAGUAUCUAUUUCUCGCAGCUGGUUCAAUGUAUCGGGCCGGGAAAGCGAAUUGAAGCACCACGUCAACUGGGCGGUGGCUGGCGCUGGUUACGAGUCAUGCUGCGCAGCUGGUGGAAGAUCUUUGAAGUCACAGACGAGGGAAACCCGAUUGUCAGCUUGA